UUUAAAACCCUUGUGUAUUUUUACCCUUCGCCAUUUCUGUUCUCUUCAGCAGAUCGGCGACGACGGUGCCGGUGACCAGAAAGUAUGGUGCAUGUUAACUUUUACCGCAACUAUGGGAAAACCUUUAAGAAGCCUCGACGCCCUUAUGAGAAGGAGCGAUUGGAUGCAGAGUUGAAGCUUGUUGGAGAAUAUGGACUGAGGUGCAAGAGGGAGCUUUGGAGAGUCCAGUAUGCCUUGAGCCGUAUCAGGAAUGCCGCAAGAAUGCUUCUGACCUUGGAUGAGAAAGCCCCACGCCCUAUUUUUGAAGGUGAAGCACUCUUGAGAAGGAUGAACAGAUACGGAUUAUUGGACGAGAGCCAGAACAAGCUUGAUUAUGUCUUGGCCCUCACUGUAGAGAACUUUCUUGAGCGUCGUCUCCAAACCCUUGUCUUCAAGACUGGCAUGGCUAAGUCUAUCCACCAUGCUAGAGUGCUCAUUCGACAAAGGCAUAUCAGAGUUGGUAGGCAGGUGGUGAAUGUUGCUUCUUUCAUGGUGAGAGUGGACUCCCAGAAGCACAUUGACUUCUCUCUCACUAGUCCUUUCGGUGGUGGGCGCCCUGGAAGAGUGAAGCGAAAGAACCAGAAGUCUGCUGCAAAGAAAGCAGCUGGUGGUGAUGGAGACGAGGAAGAUGAAGAAUAAACUCUUAUGUUUAUUUACGUUUGGGUGUUUCACUUCUGCCUAUGUUGUGUACUUUCUUGUUUUAUGUUUUUGCAAUUUAAUCUACCUUUAAUAUAUUAGAAAAUGUUUUUGACAGAGGUGGAGAGAAUAUUGAGUUUGGAUUUAGCACUUGAUAUUAAGAGAUUUUUUCUUGGAUGGAAUAUUAGAUUCUGCUCUUUUCCCUUU